AUGAGUUCCUCACCAGUCAAUGAAACUGAUCAGUGCGAGCAGCAUAGAGUUCCUGAUUUCUACUGUUGUUAUUUACUUCAAUCAAUCUGCAAAAGACAAUCGUUUUACAUUGGUUCCACGCCUAAUCCUGUUAGAAGACUUCGGCAGCACAAUGGCAUACUGGCGAGAGGAGGUGCCUAUCGAACCAAACGAGGGAAUACAAGGCCAUGGGAAAUGAUACUACUGGUUCACGGGUUUCCCUGCAAGGUUGCCGCCCUACAAUUCGAACAUGCUUGGCAGCAUGGAUACAAGACACACUACAUCGCAGAGGAUGUACGAAUUGUGAAGAAUAGAAAUGGAGGCAGAAGUUUGCAUCACAAACUUGGAGUUAUGAAGUUGUUGCUUACACAUGUAUACUUUCAGCAUAUGAGCUUGAGAAUUGAAAUCUUUAAUUUGGAGACACAGCGCAUAUGGGAACAGGACAAAUUCCAAACUCAAAAUUAUGGGCAUAUAGUUUCAUCAAUAAUGCCAGGUGCGCUUGGUGUACCCGAUACUUCGAAUUCUGAGAAUGUGAAGGCCUUUGAAUGCAGCAAUCUAGAACUCAUCAGAUCAUUCUAUGCGCAGUGUUCCGAAAAGGAUCGAUUAAGAAGCAUGAGAUAUGAGGAAAGAUUAGCUAAUGGCAUGAUACCUUGCAGCAUCUGCGAGUUACCAUUUGACUACACAUCCGAGGAAGAGGUUAUGAAACCGAUGGUUGGCUUUUGUUACUUUAACGGAUGUGAUUUCGUUGCCCACUUGAGUUGUUUGCAUAGAUACUUUGUAGAUGAUGAGCAGCUCCUUUUGGGCAAACAAGUUCUCAUACCCAUUGGAGGUAAAUGUCCAGAUUGCACGCGAAGCAUAAAAUGGACGACCAUAGUAAAAUACUCGACAUUAAUGAAAACGCUAUACGGAUCAUAA